AACUCCGUCUCUAGUCAACCGUGUUAAUAUUCUUCAUUUGCAAAAUGGCGCCACGUUCGAAAGACGGUUUGGCAAGGGGAAAUAUAAGGGAUCAAAACAUCAGUAAUUUUGCUGCAUCCCAAGCUUCAAUUGCGAUCGUUUCACCACGAAAGUUGGACAAAAGCCAUGUGGAGUUACCGGAGUAUUGUUUCACCUGGCUCGAUGUGUUUAUUGUUGUGGUUUCGAUGGGAACAUACAUUGCAGAUAUCGUAACAGAUAUUCUUGUGAUGUUGGUGUAUUGGAAUAUAGAUGAAAUAAGUUGGGCAAGUCUAACGUUGACUUUUCUUAUUGUACCAGCUGUAAUUAUGCAGGUUUUCAGCACUCGUUGGUAUUUAGCAGAUGGCCAUAGAAUCAGUGUGUCCAUGGUGUUGAUACAUCUGUUCAUGAUGGGUCCCAUAAAACGAUACAUAACAGUGUUAAUCAUGGGAUUCAAGGCAAGGAAAUCAAAACGUAUUGAAGAUUAUCAAUCAAUGUACGCUGAGUUAAGUGAUGUAAGCAUGUUGCGAUUAUUUGAAUGCUUCCUGGAGUCAGCUCCUCAACUUGUUCUACAGCUUUAUAUCAUGAUUAGGGUGGAGGAGGGAGACCAUAUAUUGACCGGCGUAUCAGCAUGUUUUAGUCUCCUGUCUUUAUCAUGGGCAAUGGUGGCUUAUACGAAAGCUUUGAGAGCUGCAGCGAGUCAAAGGAAAAAGGUUUCAUGGCCUGGUAUCUUCCUCCAAACAAUGUGGAGGUGUGGGAUGGUGGUGGGACGAGUUGUUGCCAUUGUUUUGUUUGCUACCGUCUUCCAAGAGUGGACUUUACUAAUUUUAGGACUCCAUUGGUUUCUAAUGACAGCAUGGCUUGUUGCUCAGAAGACUGAUUUCUGCAACACUUGGUAUGAAGAGAGGUUGUUCAAUGCAGUUAUUGGAAUAAUUUACGUCUUCUGCUUCUUUAAUAUGAAGGAAGGAAGGUCAAGGUGUCGUGCUGCUUUCUAUUAUACGGCAAUGCUUGCAGAAAACAGCUUGAUGAUAAUGUUAUGGUGGCCACACAGAGUACCUGGUACAUGGUACAACAUACCUGCCCUGGUUGCUGUAUGGGGUGGUUUCCUCGUGGGGAGUGUUUCCAUGUCAAUGUACUACCAAUUCUUCCACCCAGCAAGUCGCUAUAGUUGUCACUGCUGUAAUGCUUGGCACAAACUUGCCUACCGUUGUUACUAUGCUUGCUGCUGUGGGGAAGUACCCAGCCCCACCUACGUAGCGGGGUCCACCCCAUAUAAGAAGGGACGGGACACUUCUGGAAGCAAUGAGUUUGAAACCACCGUUUCCUCAGAAGAGGAACUUGACUGUAGAGAUUUUACAGACCUACGAUGCAGCUAUGAGACUCCUACCACUUUUCCAGGAGACCACAGUGGCAUGGAACCGCAGAAAAACCACUGUACCAAGCAUUUGGUGAACAAAAACCAUGUUCAUGGUCUGAAAGACACCGCAGAAGGCCAAAGUGUGUCGGUUAUAGGGAACGCUAGAGUCGGGUUUAAGGUUUCAGCUAUACCACCCAAUGUGUUUGCUAAUAAAAAGAUCAGAAAGAGUUUGGAUAUUGAUCAGCUACAGAUGCCAAAGCCAAAAGCAACAUCCACUCCUGGGGAUUUGAUUGAAAAUGACCCCAACCGACAUAAAAGGAUUGUUCCUGGUUAUCCUCCAGUUAAAGAGCAGUCGGAGGACUCAAGUUGGUUUUCUGCAGUGGAAGAGCAAGCUCCGGAUGUAGCAGAGGACACACCGAGGACAAAGUUAUCCAAGAUCUGCGAGACUCCUAAGAGGCAUAGACCAGGUUCACCAAAUACUUUGGUCAGAAAUUGGGUAAAGAAAACACAGAAUAUGUACGAGAAGAAAGAAGGAUGUUUUUCUGACUCUGCUGUCGCUGAAGCACUACAAGAUGAUCCAGAAGAUGCUCAGAAGAGUAAUGAUUCUGGGGAGCAUGGUGCCUCACGUCCUAUGCUUCCAGAGCGGAAAAAAUCCCAGAAGGAGAAAAAGUCUGUGGUCCUCAGGAGGAAGAAGAACAAAAGAGCAAAACAGGAUAAGUUGAGGAACUCGUUCAGGGAGGCAUUCGGAUUUAAUGCGAUUGAUGUGGAUCAGGUUGGAAUGUUCGAUGAAGAGGAAAAGGGAGAAAAGGUCCGGAAGACUCAACCGAGAUCAUGGAAAGAAACCGAGCUAUUUGAAAGUUACGAAAAACAAGAAAAGAAACCAAAAACAAGAAGAAACAAGAAACCUUGUCCGAAUAAAAUAAAGUCCAGAAGAGAUGAACCUCCAGAUGUGGGAGCAAAACUUCCAGGGCCAGAUAAGAAGAAAGUGAACAAUUUUUCAGAAGUGGAACACGAUUUUCCUUUUUAUGAUGAAGGACCACACAGCGAUGGUGGGGAUUCUGAGGUGGAAAAUGCUGCUUGCCCUAAAGAGGUUUCUCCAUAUGAUAACGUUGAUGAAACACAUCAAGAAGUGCAUGGAGAGAUGGUGCCAACUGCAUCAGAGGGAAAAACAUACCGGGAACCUUUUACCAUGGACAGAGUUGAGUAUCUACAUAAGCAUGGUAGAAUGGGUUUGUCUACUGCUAAAGAAUUACCAGCUCGUAAGAAGCUUGCUUUUAAACAGCGCUUGAAUCAACAUAAGAAGACAGCUAAGUUGGAAAAGAGCAUGGAAGCUCUUGGGAGGAGCAUGGAGGGAGUCCUGGAGACGGAGGAAAAUUACCGCAUCCAUUUAAGUCCGAAAACACAGUCAUCGCACAGAAAGAGAGAAGUCUUGAGAUCUUUGGAAAAUUAAAGGUUUGUAAUUUAACAGUAAAGAAUGUUUCUUGGGUAUAAAGUAUGGUUGCAAACAGAGCGUUAGACAUUAUAAUUAUAGCGCAUGUGCUUGCUUUACAGUUAGUUUUCCAUCAUGCAACAAGUUAAUCUUACAUAUUACGCUUGUAUGUUGUGGCUUAAAAAAACAAAUGAUUUUUCUGUUACCUUCUGCUCUCUUUACUACAAAUGCCAACUAGCUAACAGUCAUUCUGUUUUUACGCAACUAAAUUGUGACAUUCCCGCAUUUCAACCUUUCUUAGUGUGUUUUUAUAGAUUUUCGUGCUUUUUAGAUUGCUCUCAUGUAUUUGAAAAUCAAUUUCUGUAAUAUGCUUUUAUAUCAUUGUGUCGAUAAGUGUUAUAUUAUGCGUUUGCGUAUUUUUGUAAUAAUUCAUAUAAAUCAACCUUUUAGUUUUAUAAUCUACCUAUCAUUGAUGAUUUUACACACAUACAAUUCAUAUAGCGCCGAUCAAAAAUCGCUUGUAUUUAAGUGUACUACAUUGUUUCAAUACGUUUUACUUCUGCACCAAGAGUGUAGAAACAUCUGCGGCACUUCUAGUUUUUCACCUCUUGCUUUUACGCCAAUAAAUCCAAAAGGGUACAAAAUG